CUUUCUCCCACCACUCACCCCCCAGCCACCCACCCACCCCCGCCCUUCCCCUUGCGCGAGAACACCCGCCAGCUGACUGCCUGACGCCAUGAGAGGCGCCCCUCGGGGUGGGUGACGUAACGGGGACGGAGUGGGUGGGUGGGGGGCCGUUAGCGCCCCGGCGCGCGGUGCCUCCGCCGCAGAGCGAAGGUGGAGGGGUCGGGAUGGCAGCGGUGGCGACCCCGGGGGGAGCAGAGGCAUCCCCGCUGCCGACUCCCGGUGGGGGUGGGGCCGGAGCAGGACCGGGACCACGGCUGCAGCCCCAAGAAGAUGAAGAACACGAAGUGGUUCGUGUGCGGGUCAAGAAAUGUGAAGGCUUCUUGCAACCUGAGUUCCGGACUUUUGCUGUGGAUCCACAGAUCACUUCACUGGAUGUAUUGCAGCACAUUCUCAUCAGAGCUUUUGACCUCAAUGGGAAGAAGAAUUUUACCAUCAGCUAUUUAAGCAGAGAUAAGCAAAACCAAGAAAUGUACUUGUCAUUGAUGUCAGACUGGGAUCUGGGGAUGGCCUUUGCUGGAGCUUCCAAGCCUUUUUUACAACUAAAGAUAGACAUCAAGCCCUUGGAAGACAGCCCCCUGCUAGAAGAUUGGGAUAUUAUCAGCCCUAAGGAUGUUAUCAGUACUGACCUGCUGCUAGUGGAGAAGAGAUCUCUGGCAGCUGCAGCCCUGCCCUUCACCCAGUCCAUCAUUUCCCAGGUGGGACGGACAUUGUCAAAGGUCCAGCAGGCACUCAGCUGGUCCUAUGGGGAAGAUGUCAAACCUUUCAAACCUCCUUUGAGUGACUCAGAAUUCCAUACGUAUUUGAAUCAUGAAGGCCAGUUGACAAGACCAGCAGAACUGCGCCUCCGAAUCUUCCAUGGUGGAGUUGAGCCUUCAUUGCGCAAGGUUGUUUGGAGAUAUUUGCUAAAUGUCUAUCCUGAUGGCUUGACUGGACAGGAGCGUAUGGAUUACAUGAAGCAAAAGACACGUGAGUAUGAGCAACUGAAGGGGGAAUGGGAAGCACGGACCAACCCUGAAGACCUGGAUUUCAUCCGUAGUAAUGUGCUGAAGGAUGUUCUUCGAACAGAUCGCACUCAUCCCUACUAUGCUGGUUCAGAUGACAAUCCUCACCUGACAGCCCUGCAUGAUCUGCUGACCACCUAUGCUGUGACCCACCCACAGAUUUCCUACUGUCAGGGAAUGAGUGACAUUGCUUCUCCCAUCCUGGCUGUAAUGGACAGUGAAGCACAUGCCUUCAUUUGUUUCUGUGGCAUCAUGAAACGCCUGGAAGGUAACUUCCAGGUAGAUGGUGAAGUCAUGUCAGUUAAAUUUACCCAUCUCAAGCUUCUCCUCCGCCAUUCAGAUCCAGAUUUCUACUCCUACCUCCUGUCUCGGGGUGCUGAUGACCUCUUCUUUUGCUAUCGUUGGCUGCUGUUGGAGCUGAAACGGGAGUUUGCAUUUGAGGAUGCUUUGCGCAUGCUGGAGAUCACGUGGAGUUCCUUUCCUCCUGAUCCUCCAGAGAAGGAAGUAGAAUUAGUGGGCCCUCCAGCCAGGCCCGGAGACAGCAGCCAGUCUAUCCGAAGGAGACACAUGCUACGCCCAGCUUGUAGUUUUGAGGCAGCUGGGGAUCGGCCGUGCCAGGGGGCAGUUGCUGAAGAGAAAGUAUUAGUAAAGCAAUCUAGUUUUGGGGAAUUCAAGUAUUACAUUACUCAUAAUGAAGACAAUUUGGAGGAUGACCCAUCACUCAGAUCUCAGCACUCAGAGGAUGAGAAGGAAGAUUGCACCAGUGAACAGGAUCCAUUGAUUCAGACAACUAACAUGGCUAAAUCCUUCUCUGCUCCAUCUCUUCGGGCCUUGACACCACCCUCUCGAGAUUCUGUCUCCACCUCAACUAAUGGCAAUGAGGAAAGUCAAUCAGAGGAAGAGAAGGGAGACUCAAUAGUUAAUACCCCUUCUUCUCCCUCCCAUGGACCUACUUCUUCUUCUACUCCUCCUGCCCUAGUCAGCCUCCCUCCUCCGCAAGAAUUUGGCAAAGGCAAUCCCUUUGUACUCUUCUUAUGUCUUGCCAUUCUUUUGGAGCAUCGAGACCAUAUAAUCAAAAACAACAUGGACUACAAUGAGCUAGCCAUGCAUUUUGAUCGCUUGGUACGCCGGCACAACCUUAACAAGAUCCUUCACCGUGCCAAGGCCCUGUUUGCUAACUACUUACAGUCAGAAGUUUGGGAUUCUGAAGAGGGAGAUGAGGCAGCAGCUGAAUCUCCUGCGGUUUCAUGAUUCCCCCUUUGUCUUGAUGUGUAGGGACAGGUUCCCUGCGGUCAUUAUGGUGCAAGCAUCGAUGUGGAAGAGUGGUCAGUGAAGUAAUCCAAUUUAGGCUCAAUCAUUCAGUAAUCCUCUUGGAAGAUGGUCAGGAGCAACUAGAUUGGAUUGCCACACUCAAUACACCUUCUGUAUCCAAUGUAUCUGUUUUUAACGAACUCUUUGGGCAAAUAUCCCAUCCAUUUUUGUGCCCCCUUCUCUUCCAAGUGCUAAAUAGUCUUUCAAAGAAGAGUUUACCUUGGAGCAGACAGGUUCUUCACAUUUCCCCUCCUUAAUCAAUACUUCCCAAAUAUUUCUCCCUCUGUUUACUGCCCACUUCAUUUCUUAAGAUGUCGGUUGCUAAGAGACCCAGAUUGAUUUCUGAUCCUUCUAGAAUCAGGAUCUUUUCUUCCACAUAGCUUUGCCAAAAACAUUUUUAAUGUUCCAUCCUGGUAUAUUUUUAUUUUCCAGCAAUUUGAGCUCGUCAGAAGUUCUACAAAGAUGCUUCAGCUUUAAAAAAAUGCUUCAUAUGCUUAUUUCAGUGUUUUUUGGCCCAAGUUUUUUUUUUAAAGCACGUCAUUUUUUUCUGGGGCUUCUGUUCCACUGUCCCACUAGCUUUUGAUUGUUUAAAAAAAACCCUAAUAUCCAUAAACCUGUAAAAACAAAAACAAAACACACUGGAUGUGUUCAAAACUGGCAAUUAUCUGAAGGAGAGUCAACAGUUUAACGAGAGGUUGGGCAGAGAGAGUAAGUGGAGACCUGAUGCCAAAGUGUCCUUAACAGAAUAAAUUUGAGGUGUGCAGUACUUCAUGCUGUACUUGCACGUGCCUUUUGAUUAGUUGUCUUCCCAGAAACAUAACAUCCAGGACUGACUCUCUGCACAUGUAACCAUGUCUGAAUAGGUGAGGUCCAUUUGUAGGUGAUUUAGUUGGCCUUGUUUAAAUCCAGAUCCUUGCUCAAAGUGUCAGGUUGUUAUAAUAGCUCUAAAAUAUGUAGCAGGAAAUUCUGUAUCUUGAAGCUAGACAGAAGUCAUUUCUACUAUUAUUUGUUAACCUGACACCAAGGGGGAACACAUAAUACUAUGCACAAUUUGAUUUCCUGCCAGAGAUUUUUGAAUCUUUGACUCUCCCCAAUGGCUAUUUUAGGAUUAUAGCAAAAAUAGAUUCUUGCUCUUGCCUGUUGUCUACGGUUAAACUAGAUGAGAGAGGUGAUAAAGAGAUUGAAGUUUGAAGACAGUGUUGAAUGAGGUCAAAUCUGAGCUAUGUUGGUGGAAUCUUUCCUUUCUAGGUUCAAAGUCAACUGCCUAGAAGAAUUUUUCCCAUUUUGCUUUAAUCAGUUGAGCAGAAAGGCACAAUUCUUGGUAUCAGCCAGCUGUGUUCCUUGAGGUCAGUUUUCUACCUGUAACAUCAUCAGGCAGUUUGAAUUCAUAUUUCUUUUAAGUUAGGCAUCUUCUGCAUCGGUUAAUAUUUUAUUUGGAGACACAGGGAGGAGGAAAUGUCUUCCCUUAGUAAUAUUGGAUAUACAAGCACAUGGCUAUUGGCUUUUUCCUCUUAGCCUCAGCCUUUGUUUAUAGAUUGGGUAAAUCUGGCAUGCAGGGUUUUUCUAAUCCAUUUUAAUUAAAUGGCCACUAGAAGGAGCUGGAACUUUAUUUAAGGUAACCUAUGAAGCAACCAUGAAAUAGGACUGUAAAGUAAGGACAGGCAACUUGUCACAUUCACAAUCCGUUUUCAUUAGCCUUCUUAGCUAGACUGAAUGAGAUUUUGUAACAUCCGGAAGACUUCAACCCCUGUUGUGGAGUAUUCUUUACCUGUUUGGAUAGAUGGCAUUUAUGAAGUUGGAGUAAUUGCAGGGAAGAUGAUAUUUAAUCAAACGAUUUAAACUACAAGCCUUUUAGAGAGGCCAAGAAAAGGGCAUUUGAGUUCCCCGUAUUGAUAGUUAAAGUGUGCUACUACCAACUCAUGGCUGUAAAUAGUGCCUUAAGAUCUUUGACAUUAAUGAGGUGUAUUCUCCCACAAUGUAGAAAGCAGCAUGUCUUGCUGUUAAGAAAAUCAUAUUCUUAAUUUACUCAGCUGUUUCCUGAGUGAACAAUAUGAGUUAUGAAACAUUUGGAGGUCUUAAGUGAAUCAGGUAUUAUGGAUUACAAUUAGCAUUUCUAAUUUUUUUUCAACACUUUCCCCUUUUGUGUAAUAGCCUGAUCCGGGACCAUCCCAUUACACUUUUAAACUAUAUCCUAUUUUUCUAUAGGUAGAGUUCUAUGUCUUUUUCCAACUAAACAUCUCCCUUGUAUUAGUUUUAGUUAUCUUGAAAUCACAGAUCUACUCAGGCUGCUAGUUCAAAACUCAUAAUGUAAAUUGCCCUGGAUUCUGAUACAUGCCGAUGGUAUUCCAACUCGUAUCACAAUAGCUAGUGAUGUUGGAGGGCAACCAGGCAGGCUAUGGGAAUACCAAAAUAUCAAGACUGUUUUCAAUUCUUUCUGUGUUCCAUGUUGCCUAAGCUAGCUUCCUAUCUAGUUUAUAACAAUGCUUCUCCAUGAAAUUUUUGUUUCUUCUAGAAAAGGCUUCUGCCUAAGAAUCAAUUGCUAUUUCCAUCAUGAUUUGCCCUUUGUGUUACCAAGAGCAUACAUGAAAGCAUGCAUGUAAUAAACUAUAAUUAGUUGAGGCUGGAAUUUGAAGCCAUGUUAACCUUCUCACAUGACAUCUGAGAAUAUAAGAGCGGUCAAGUGAUAUGAUAACAUUAGUCCUUAGAUGGUCCAGGCUGACUUGAGACCAGAUAUGAAGUCUCUUGCCAUAUUUAUCAGCAUAUUUCAAAGUACUAGUGAGAGGUGGGUACAUCUUACUGCUUCCCUAACAGUGAGCAUUUCAUAUGCUGCUGGUGAUACUGAACUGGAUAGAACAUUGAAAAGAAUCUUUUUAGCUAAACAAAACUCAUGGACUUUCUCAAAAGAUCUGACGCAGUAAGAUGACAUGGAGCAAUAAUGGCUAAUGCAUAGACUUCCAAUGUGUGAGAUUAAUUUUCUGUUUUGAUUUGGUUUGGGCAUAUAUUUUAAUCAACACAAAUUCUGAAGCAUUUUGGUUAAGUUUAUUUGGCCCAAGCCAAUCUCCUCCCUUUUGAUUUGUAGGUAAAGGGCUAAUAUUGCUGGGUUUAAGCUGUGGCAUUUUUUUCAAGUGGGAACCCCUUUUCCUUUUAGCUUAUCCCUUUCUAAUCAGCUGAAAUAUCUAACAGGGCUGUCAGUACAAAAUAGUUACUAUUGGAACCACAUCAGCUGCAUUAGUUUUAAGAGUCUGAUUUUCAACAGUAAGUAAAUUGUAGGCAACAUAUUUUAUUCUGACUUGUGGAGGGUGGAUCACAGACCCCCCUUGGUGAUUUGCUUCCUCCAUGGUGCUAUUGGAGUCUCUGUGUCUCAGCCAGGUUCUCUUGGUUAUUUGUUUAACUUCCGGACAACUGGUAUACAAUCUGGAUAGCCUUUUUCCCCUCCUUAUGAGGACAGGAUGGGCCUGACCUGUGCCUUUUCCUAUGCUUAGAAAACUUUCUUUAAGAUUAAAUUUGGACCUGCCACCAAGUUUGAACACAGAGGUAAGACUCAAUCAUAAUAAUAGGCUGUAUGUGUACACUUGUUUUGAACCUUAAAUUUGGACUGAUUGGGAGGUAGAGGUGUUCAUUUUAUCUCACAUGUCAAAUCACAAAUUACAUACUAAAUUGUGAUUCAUCUCUUUAUGAGACAAACACUGUAAAAAUAAAUAAAACUAACCUGAAUUUAAGUUCCUUCUUCAGAUUACUUCUGAUACAACAGACAUGUUUCUUAUUUCAGAGAGAUAUCCAACUGAAAUUUAGUCUCUUGCAUCCAAAGGCUUUAAAUGAGAGUCCAUGAAAUGAGAAUUCAUCAUACUGUUUUUGAUUAAAUAAAUCUUUGCUAUAUUUCAAAAGCAUGUAAAUCCUUCAUGUCCAUAAAAGAUUAGGAACAGAAAAAGUAAACCUCCUUGCAACUGGCAGUAAUGCCAUAAUUGUAUAAUUUUCAGCUCCUUUUAAUUAAUUGCUUGACUUCAGAGUGACCAUCCAAAGUUUAUGCUUAAAAUGUAUUGCUUCUCCAAAUCUCUAUAUAAUUCUACUUGCUUAUUUUUCAUUGCUGCUUUCUUUCAUUAGUGUACUAAAUUAGUUCUCGGAAGCAAAUAAUGGAAUUGACUAAUGUUAUAUUGCAAAAAAAUAAUAAUUGGUUACAUCAGUGGGAGAAGAUACCUUAACAGAUCCUCUCUGUUCUGUUGAGAUGUCCCUGAACUUUCCUUGCCUUAUAAUUCCUGCCUGCUGCUCUGGGUUUUCUUCCCUCUCUACUGUUAUCACCAACAACAAAGUUAAAAUUCAGAUUCUC